UUUGCCUGUCAAAAUUCUUAAUCGUUUGCGAUUCUUUUACAGUGACGAUAAUAACUGUCAUCACUAAUAUCACUCUUCCUGUCAAUUCCAUAGCUAUGUCAUCUCUAAUGCAAAAUAUAAACAAGUCUCAAAUAUUUGUCACUUUAUGAAUAAAACAUGGCUAGAACUAAUCUAACGAAACGCAAACCGUGGAUUAAGAAUCUCUAUUCAAAUCGUGAAUAUCCGGACAACUAUACAGAUGCCAGUUUUCUUAAGGAUUUGCGGACAAAUCUACACGUACGAAUCUAUACGUACCGCGAGGCUAUUGCCGGCAUUACAGUCCUGAACAAUCAGAUUUCCUGCAUAGCCGGCUUUCUGAUGCUUUACCAGAUGAUGCUUAGUGAUGCCGCCUCGCCUACUACUAUACUCCUGCCGAGCUGUGCCAUUACAGGAUUGGGUUAUCUUUGCUAUCGUGGAAGGCGUUUGAGCAUGCCGCUCCUAGGAGAAGAUUCCAAAACAUUAGUCACUGUCUUCCUGUUUGGCUAUAUCUUCUCACCGAUGCUGCACACUCUGACACAGGCCAUAAGCACGGAUACUAUAUAUACAAUGACCUUCUUUGUGUUCCUAGCAAAUCUUAUAUUUACGGAUUAUGGUUUGGAGGUGGCCAUGGUCUCAAAAGCCAUUUCGCUAAAUGCUGCCAUAUUUGGAGCAAUUUGUUUGGCAUCCCGAUUGUCCACAUCGUAUCAUGCCUUUGUACUUCUUGUGGAGGCAGCUAUUUUCUUCGUCUUGUAUCCCAUAAUGACGGCUGGAAUUUGGAAUCCCGUGUUUCUAUUGCCCAUUUUUCUAACUUGCUGUGCGGCUCUUUAUUGGAUUUCACACUCUGUACUCUGGCUCUAUGCUACCACAACAAUCUUUAUCAAUUUUGUCUGUCCAUUUAUAUUUGUGCAACAGCAAAAAUACAAAUUCAAUAUUCAUGGACCUUGGGACGAGGCCAUUGUGGAAGAGAACACAGACAAGAACCUCGAUGAAAAUUUAUAGCGGCAGCUUCGCUUCCUACAACAGCAGCAAGAAAAGCAGCAGCAGCAAGAAGCUAGCAAUGUGGGAAAGCAAGUCAUUAAUUAAUUUAUUAGUUCACUUUAAGUCAUUCCAAUUGGGAAUAUACAUAAGUUCCUUUUCUACAAUGUAGAAAAUAAAGCGGCUUUAGUUCCUGACUGAAGCCAGGCGGUUUCAAACGCCUUAUGUUAAAAAAUUAAUAUAAUUUAUACACCUCAUAAAUGCCAACAAACAUUCAGUUAAAAAAAAAAACUCGAAAAAUAAAAUUA